CGCAGUGGCUGGCUGUGCCGCCGGCCGCGGUUAUGGAUUCGCUCAUUAUCCAGGAGCGGUUAGUGGAGAGGCUGCUUUCCCCGCGGACGCAGGCACAGCGAAGCCACCCGGCCAAGCUGAAGGACCAUGAGAAGCAGUACGUGGGCUUUGCCACUCUGCCGAACCAGGUCCACCGGAAAUCUGUGAAGAAGGGUUUCGACUUCACCCUGAUGGUUGCAGGAGAGUCGGGUCUGGGCAAAUCCACGCUCGUGAAUAGCCUGUUCCUGACAGAUCUGUACAAAGACAGAAAGCUCCUCAAUGCAGAGGAGAGAAUCAACCAGACAGUGGAGAUUGUCAAACACACAGUGGACAUUGAGGAGAAGGGUGUCAAGCUGAAGCUGACCAUAGUGGACACACCGGGCUUUGGAGAUGCUGUUAAUAACACUGAAUGCUGGAAGCCCAUCACUGACUACAUCGACCAGCAGUUUGAGCAGUACUUCCGUGAUGAGAGCGGCCUGAACCGAAAGAACAUCCAGGAUAACCGAGUGCACUGCUGUCUCUACUUCAUCUCGCCCUUUGGGCAUGGGCUGAGGCCUGUGGAUGUCGAGUUCAUGAAGGCUCUUCAUGAGAAGGUUAACAUUGUACCCCUGAUUGCCAAAGCUGACUGCCUGAUCCCCUCAGAGAUCCGGAAGCUAAAAGAAAGGAUCCGGGAAGAGAUUGACAAAUUUGGCAUUAAAGUGUACCAGUUUCCUGAGUGCGACUCUGAUGAAGAUGAGGAGUUCAAGCAGCAAGAUAGAGAGUUGAAGGAAAGUGCUCCUUUUGCUGUCAUUGGCAGCAACACAGUGGUAGAAGCUAAAGGCCAGCGAGUCCGUGGACGUCUGUACCCAUGGGGCAUUGUGGAAGUGGAAAAUCAGGCACACUGUGACUUUGUGAAGCUGCGGAAUAUGCUGAUCCGGACACACAUGCAUGACCUGAAGGAUGUCACUUGUGAUGUCCACUAUGAGAACUACCGAGCUCAGUGCAUCCAGCAAAUGACCAGCAAACUGACUCAGGACAAUAGGAUAGAAAGCCCCAUUCCUAUCCUGCCUCUCCCAACACCAGACACUGAGACGGAGAAACUGAUCAAGAUGAAGGAUGAGGAGCUGCGGCGGAUGCAAGAGAUGCUGCAGAAGAUGCAGCAGCAGAUGCAGGAUCAGUGAGAUGCAGGUACUUGGAGGGCAAAGGGAACCCCCAGCGACCAUCUGAGGCCUGCCAAGAGCUGUGGAUGUUUGAAAAGAGGUUUCCCAUUGUAUAGAGACUUGUGGGCAAGAGCUGCAUUUGCAUCCUCUAAUUUAUUUAAAAGCAGCAAGGCUGGCUUUGCAGCCAGCUGGUUUGUGGAGAAGGCUGUUCACCUAACUGUUUACUGAUGUGUAUUUCUUUUUUUAAUAAUUCUUUCUUUUUUUUCCUUUUUUAUUUUAUUUUAUAUAUAUUUUUUAAGGGAAAAUAGACUAGGGAGUCUCUAAGGCAUCCUAAAAAAAGAAAGAAAGAAAAAGAAGAAACAGGUUUCCCUUUUCCAUGUACUAAUCUCUUGUUUGGGAAUGCUCUAGUAUUUAAAGUCCUGGUUUCUCUGGUGUACGAACUUGAAGAAUAUCUGUGUCAAUGCACAUAAAUGUUUACUCCUGACUGAGGUGCUGUGCCCCCUCCCCUGCUCCCCUUGUCUGGGGCCAGCACAGUUGUGGUCAAGGCAGCCAUUCCCUCCUGGGAGUUCAAGCUGUGCUGCCCAGAGUGCAGGGCUGGGGGGCUCUGUGUGCACUGAGCUGCUCAGGGGUCCUGCUGGUUGUCUGCCCAGGUUAUUUUGCUUUUUUCCAAUUGGUUGAUUAGGUUUGUUAUUCCUACCAAGAAACCCCAGAUCUUUACACUGAGUGGCAGGGAACUGAGUCUCUCAAGGUUUGUUAAAAGAAACAGCUUCCACUGCCUUCAGUUGUGUCUUUCUGGCAGAGAGCAUGAGUUGUUGAGGACUGCCUGUGAGGAAGAGAGAUGAUGGGAGUGGACACCUGCUCAGCCUGCCUGCCCUGCUCUCAACCUAUGGGGUUGGGGUUGACAGGAGCACUGUAGCUGGAAGCACAGCGCCAGCAGUAGCUGGGUGACGGUAUUCAUGGCGUGGCUCUGACUGUCCAGCUGUUCAAUCUCCAGUGCCUGCAAUGAGGAGCACCACAGCAGCUGCAGUUCCUGGCUGGGCCUGCUUUGGAGAGAAGCACUCAGGGCUGAAAGCCUGGUAGCAGCCCACAUUUCUGAGCUUCUCCUAAGGAAAGGGGCAGUUUCUAAUGCCUGUACCAGAGAUCUGCCUGGCCAGACAGGCUGCUGCAGAGAGCAGGAGGUGGCACGGGUGCUGUGUAGGUCAGUGUGGCAGGUGACAGGAAUGUUGCUGUACAUGGCUGAGUGCAUCCCAGCAGACUUGGCACUUCCCCUUCCCCUGGGACACAACCUUUCUUCCUCUCCCUGCCUCUUUUCUGUCUCAGUGCUGGGAAAGGCGAUGGAUCUGCUGGGCAGAGAUAAGAGCGCUCUUUGGGCAGCAACUUCUGUCCUAUUUCUGUUUCUUGCAGUAUUUUUAGCUCUUAGCACAGCCAGAGGAGAGCUCCAGAGUGUGAUGUGCCUAACAGGGCAGGACUGACCAGCAACACUGCCGCGCUCGCAGGGAAUCAGGGGCUGCUGGAAGGAGAGGCGUUUGGCUCUUACCUCCAGUCCAGGGAGUGCUACCAUGGGAUGGGCCCUUCUGCUCCUUUGGCUGCCAGCCUAAUUUCUCUGCUCCCAUUCUCCAUUUGUGUCAGUUCCCACAUCUCUGGCUUUUUACAGUAGAUCUCCCUGUGCACAAAGCACAGUAUUGUCCAGGAAUACACAAACCCUAAAUUCUGUUUAUUGGUGCUGUGUUUCUCUGAUUCUCCCUGUUGAGCUUUAGAGCUCUGAUCAGGGCUUUUCCAGGAGAUGCAGAGGCAGGUUCCAGUUAUUCCCUGUAUGGAGCUUCUGAUCAACCAGAGCAUGGGCUGCAGAGGAAGGAAAGAGAUCCUGACACUGUGGAAGGACAGAGCAGGAGUGGAAGCCCACUGGCAGGAACGUGCAAGCUGAGUAAGAGCCGUGUCCAAGGCAAGUCUCUCCUAAGCAGCCUUCUGCAGCCUUGGGAGUCAGGAAGUGAGGAUAAGCUCAGCAGGACAGGGGUGCAGGCAGCUCUUCUGGCUCAGUGUUUUUUUCUUUCCUUCUCCUCUGUGUCAAGCUCAUAAGGGACAGUGGAAGUGCCAGCCUAGGAGAGGGAAUGGGUUCAGCUUGUCUUUAGUAACAUGCGCAGUAACAGAUGCUUAAGGAGGAAAUACAACCUUUUUCCUGCAGUGCGUUUGCCUGAGCAAUGGAGUAGUCUGAGGUAGGAGCUUUCUAGAGGUUUUCUGGGGUUGGUUUGCAGCUGCUGGAAGCAGGGGGAAUGCUGAGUUCUCAACUUUAUCCAUGCUAGUGUAACUGGAAGCACUUUGCAGUACCUGUCCCCUCUCUUUUCUCACAAGUCUUGCUUGUUAGGAUGUUCUGUUACGUUUGAGCCCUGUUUAGCUAGAGAUAGUGCUCUUUAAAAUAGAUUGAUUCCCAGGGAAAAAAACAACAAUAACAACAAAACUCCAGACCUUUACUCUAUAGCAUGUGCAUGCAUUAGCAUGCGUGCUGGUGAGAGCACAGUGUCUAGUCACAGGCAGACAGGACUGCCUGAGUGUGCAUCUGCCUUGUCCCUCCGGGUGAGGGAAGUCUCCAUCAGCUCAGUGCACAUGGCUCCUAGAUCAAGUUAAUAGUGGCAGCUGUGUUCUCUACAGCGCUGAACUCUUCAGCUACCAGCUGGCAAAGACGGUUUGAGCUGCUCUUAUUCAAAACACAUAGGAGUGAGGCUCUACAGCUUCUACAGAUGGGCAGAGGUACUGAGAUCUAUGUCCUGUAUAGAAGGUUCCCUGCCCAGAGCAUCAGAGUUGGGGGGCUGCCUGGAAGUGGAUUAGAUUGAUUUUGGAGGGCAUCAGGGUCCUGGACUGGCUUAGAAGGUGACACCUGUUUAUAAAUGAGGGCUGUUUUGUACUGUUGCACUGAGCUGCACAAUAAGCUGAGAAGAUAGACCAGAAUAAGUGCAGCUCAGCCGUUUGAUUUUGGCAGUGAGAAGUGUGGAUAGGAAGGCAAUCUAACACCUCCCCCUGCACACAGCUUCCAUAGUCUGCAAUGCAACCCCUGCACCCCCAGGUACGUUCUCACACUUCUGCCAAGCUUUGCCCAGCCAAGCUAGACAACAGCAGGGGCUGCAUCCUGCUCAGCAGAGCGGUCUGUCCUGCUGGUAACACCAUCUCAGCCCAUCUGCCUGACUGGGGAAGGAGCCGUGGCAUGAACUCCUUGUGUGCUGCUGCUGUGCUGGCCCUGCCUGUGCGGUCCUUCCUGCUGCCUCCCCGCAUGCCUCCUGCUAGAGAAGGAGGGGCUCUCACUUCUUGUGCUGUGCAAUGGCAUUCCCUGCUCCUUCUCACAAACCCAGCCAUGCUUGCUGUAACACUGGCUUGCUUCUACCAUAUGACUUCCUCACCCUUCGCUCCACUCCUAAGCUCUUUGUUUCCCGUCUGUCAUGUUAGGUUAUUAUAAUAUAUUUUUUGUAAAUUUCUGUUUGAACAUUUUGUCAUUGUGGAGAAAAAAAAAAAAAGAAACCUUUUAAAACAUAUCCAUUUUAUUAAAUGAUCAUUGUUAUUAUUAAUAAUGUUUACUACCUGAACUGAUCAGUGAAAUAAAUACAUUCAAAAGAACAACCUAUUUUUGUUUGACUUUCAGUCUUGUUCAGCAGCAUCGAUGAUGCAUUAUGGACAGGAGAGGACAGAAGGACUGUUUGUCCUUUUAUUAUGUUCCGUCAGAGCAGGCUGCAGGCAGGCACGUGAUUUCUGGACUGUGCUUAUGUCAGAGGCUAGACAAGCUGAUCCCGAAGUUCUCCUACUUUUAAGCUUCCCCUCAGAAGCUGUGUAAAUUGGCAGUGGGUGGCUUGGUGGGAUCCAAUCCCAGGAAAGUAAGUAACCAAAGAAGCGCUGCUGUGUCCGUGCUGUGUGCAGAGCCAGCCAGGCUCUGGAUCGGCUCCAUGCCACAGCUGGCCUGAGAGCUGCUUGUGAGAGAAAGUAGCACUCAAAUGCGUGAGGUGUGGACGUGCUGAGCGAACUUUCUCUGUUGUAGCUGAGCUUCUUCCAGGUAGAAUGCAGGAAAAAGUGGGUUCAUUUGUUACCCCUGGAUCCCUUUCCUACUCUGUCUGCCUGCCACAGUGAAACAACUGGAAUGAUCUGCUCCAACCUACUAGAAAUCUAAAGGUUAAUUAUUUUGUUUAGAGCAUCACAAAUAUACUAUGCCUUGGUUAGGGCCAAAUUCUACUUUUGUUUGCAGCCCAAACUGUCCUAAUAUCAGUGUUCAUUCUGAGUGUUUCACAUUCUGAAGCUGAGCAGAAACAAGAAAGUAAUUCUGGUGGCCUUAGCCUCUAGCAUAGCCAAUGCUUAGAGUCUGGCCUAUGGGAGAAAAAUGUCUGUGAAAGUGUAAGAACCUUGACAAGAUAAGAUGCUGCUGAAAUGUCCUGAGUAUAUUUUUGACCCUUGUACAUAAGUUGAACAAAUGAUUGUUCAAGUAUUUAAAUAAUGCAACUUCUGAACGAAGGAUGUGGUCAGUUUUUCUCAGUAAUGCUUGCUGAGUGCUGACAACUCACUCAGCCUAUCAAAAGAGCAGACCCUUGGAGCACUAUCUUCCCCAGCCUGUCAUCCUUCCUGUGGAGCCAGUCAGCUUUAUUUUGGUGCAGACAGUGAAAUGACAAGAGCUGUGUGUUACCUCUAGCAGUCAAGAGAGGAUGGAAGCACUCGGAGGACUUUCUCCUUGGCUCAAUUACCAACACCAGCAGGAUCACUGGAGAGCAGUUUCUUUCAGCUGAUGUCCCACUGCUUAUUAGGAGUAGACCUGUCACUGUUUGAAGAGAAACGUCAGGGACAAAACACUGAUAAGUGCUAGGGAUCGCCACUCAGCAAAUGCAGCCUUUGUGAUAAAAUGGAAACCAAAGACCAUAAAGCUCAGGGACUGCAGUACAAUUUGGUAACAUCAGCUUCCAGGUUUAAGUGCAUUUGGAAUUACUACUUUUCUCUUGAGACUUUGUGUUGUUUCUGUUGGAAUGGUGUCCUCUUUUACCUCCUUGUUUGGUCUACAUGGUUCUAUUAGCUUGUUCCAAAGGGCCAGAGGAUAAAGCAGGGCACUUGGAAGCACUGGAUUCCUCAAAGGGUGCAUAUGAAUGCAUUAGCUGGCUGUUAACUGGGCACGGGCUAACAGCUGUGCUUUUUUUUUUUUUCUUUUGUAUUACCAAGAGCCAAAGGCUCCAAACUGAGAAAACGUGGAGGAAGCCCUUCUCAGCCACUUACAGUAGUGAGAGGCAGUCUUCACCCUGCAGAUAUUUUGUCUGUAGAAUAAGGAAGCAUCCAGGCACUGUAGUUUGCUGCCAUACCUGAAUUCAGUGCUCCGUUUGGCUACUUGUUACCCAGAGCAGCAUCGCAGUUAUUGCUGCUGUCAGCAUCUCUGCCAGCAAAAGCAUUUUUUGUAGCCAGGCCAGCUCCCACUUCUUGGAAGACUUGCCUAAUGAAGACUCUGCUUCCAGUGGCAUGCAGCAGACUUGCAGGAAGGCCUCAUAUGGGAGGUGUCCCUGGGAUGAGCCUGACCCUUAUCUUGUGAGCCAGCUGCAAGGGGAUUAUCUGGGAGCUCAGCUAUGCAGCUGCAAAAACUGCACUGCCUUAAGACCUUUCUGUUGUAUGUACUGUAAAGGCAGAAAGCAAGCAAGGAUUGAUCUACCUCGAUCUCUAUAGUCUUACAGAUCGUGGUGUCUACUUGCCUGACUUCCACCUCACCCACUCUCACUGGGGGAGUGUUUGCAGGUGAAGAUGAACAGUAGGAUUCUCUUCUUGUCCCUCCUUUGCUUCCUCCCAUUUGUGAUACCUACGUGCCCUCCACCAUGCAAGUGUGCCACCAACAUUAUUGACUGUAUGUCCAAAGGCCUAACUGUAACAAAACUACCAGUGGCUUUCCGGCCGUCGGCUGAAAUUAUCAACCUCAGUUACAACAGGCUCACCUCUAUUCCCAGCGGGCUCUUUGAUAAUCUGAAGAGCCUCCAAACAGUGCACUUGCAGGGCAACCCUUGGGAAUGCAACUGUGACAUCCUCUACUUGCGCUCCUGGCUGCAGUGGCAGCAGAACCGGACCUUUUACAGGGAUGUGAGAUGUGCCUCCCCAGCUCACCUUCAGGACCGGGUCAUUGCUUAUCUGGCAGAAGAUGAGAUCAUCUCCACGUGCCAGUACUGGUACUGCACCCUGGCUUUCUUCUCUCAACUCAUUCUCAUCAUCCUCCUUUUCCUCCAGGUUAUCUUGGUCAUAUUCAUCAUUAUCUACCUGCAGAGAUUUCGGAGAAUGACUGCUGAAGCCCGGAGCACCACCUGGGAUCUGUAUCAGCAUGCAGAUACCCAGUCCCUACAGGAGCAAUAAGAGUUGUAAGAGUGAGGGGUCCCAUCUGCUCCGGGUGUUGCUGUGCCGAAAUCGGGUGCUGUACGAGACCCAGAGGGGACAUUCAGUGCAGCGUCUGACCCUGACUGCAGCCCGCAGCAGGACCUGGAACUGAUCAGACACUUGUUCUGUUUCCAGGGAGCAGAUCUUAUGCUUCUUACUGCUUUGAACGCUUCAGCAUGGUCUUCAUUGCUUUGCUUUUGCUGAAUUGCUGAAAGCAGUUCUGUUUCUGCCCAAGGAAACCAUAAACUGCAUCAAGCAGAAUGACCGUGGCAGCGCUCGAGCUGCUGGGGUGCAGUGCUCCAUCCAUCCGCGCUGGGUAUUUCAGCCGUGCUUUCCCUGUGCUCGUGGUCGCUCUGUGUGAGGCCGGGGCAGAGGUGAGCAGUGAGCGGGAUGAUGGAGGAACGCAUCUCGCGGUGCAGGACCGCCUCGCUCGCCCUGGCUGAGCGACAGCAGGUUUCCGCUGCCUCCGCCAGCAGAGCAGAACAGAACGGGUGUUUCUUCCUGCCCGCGUAUUUUGUAACUUUCUCCUCGGUCCUGCUGGUUUUUAGUACUGAGUUCAACGCGCCCCGCGUUCCUACGGAGCUCCCGGCGCCGCGCGGAGCCGGCUUUGAGCCUCCGCUGCGCUGCCGUGCACCUGCCCGCUGCUGCUCACCGGCCUCCGAAUCGUUUUUGUAGCGAAGCAUAAUGGAAUAAAAUAAAGGUGAACUGCGCUGUAA